CGCCGCUGCCCUGACGCAGGCCGGCUCGUCCGUUUUGUGGUGGGCUCUCCCAGGGAAGGCUUCCACAUUGGCAAGCGGGUCCCCUCCGCUCCGUGCGGCCGCCAUGGAUCUGACGUUAAGCCGGGCAGACUAUCUCCAGGUCGGAGUGACCUCUCAGAAGACUAUGAAGUUGCUUCCUACCUCAAGACAAAGGGCUACACAAAAGGUGGUUCUUGGAGAUCAAGAUGGAGUAGUGAUAUGCUUCGGCAUGAAGAAAGGAGAGGCUGUGUCAGUGUUCAAGACUUUACCAGGGCAGAAGAUCUCAAGGCUGGAGCUAGGAGGGGCUGUUAGCACGCCUCAGGAGAAAAUCUUCAUUGCUGCCGGGUCCGAGAUUAGAGGCUUUACCAAGAGAGGGAAACAAUUUCUCUCUUUUGAAACUAACCUCACGGAAAGCAUUAAAGCUAUGUAUAUCUCUGGCUCUGACCUCUUCCUCAGUGCAAGCUACAUCUAUAAUCACUACUGUGAUUGCAAAGACCAAAAUUAUUACCUUUCUGGAGACAAAAUCAAUGAUGUCAUCUGCCUUCCAGUGGAAAGGUUAUCUCGCAUGACACCAGUGUUGGCCUGCCAGGACCGGGUGCUCCGAGUCUUACAGGGAUCUGAUGUGAUGUAUGAAAUUGAGGUUCCUGGUCCACCCACCGUCUUAGCACUGCAAAAUGGAGAUGGAGGUGACUCUGGAGAAGGUCUUCUGUUCGGCACAUCAGAUGGAAGACUCGGGCUUAUUCAGAUCACAGCAUCCAAACCAAUACACAAAUGGGAAAUUCGAAAUGACAAAAAGCGGGGAGGUAUCUUGUGUGUUGACAGCUUUGAUAUCAUGGGUGACGGGGUUAAAGAUCUACUUGUUGGGAGAGAUGAUGGAAUGGUGGAAGUGUAUAGUUUUGAAAAUGCAAAUGAGCCUGUGCUACGGUUUGAUCAGAUGCUGUCUGAAAGUGUCACAUCGAUCCAGGGUGGCUGUGUAGGAAAAGAUGGUUAUGAUGAAAUCGUGCUGGCCACAUAUUCAGGCUGGGUGACAGGGCUGACCACAGAGCCCACUCAUAAGGAAAGUGGACCAGGAGAAGAACUAAAACUUAAUCAGGAAAUGCAGAAUAAGAUUUCUUCUUUAAGGACUGAAUUAGAACACCUGCAGUUUAAGGUGCUUCAGGAGAGAGAAAAUUACCAACAGUCUUCACAAUCAAGUCAAGCAAAGUCAGCAGUCCCUUCAUUCAGUAUAAAUGACAAGUUCACAUUGAAUAAAGAAGAUGCUAGCUACAGCCUUGUCUUGGAGGUGCGGACUGCAAUAGAUAAUGUCUUAAUACAGAGUGAUGUUCCAAUAGAUCUGCUUGAUGUGGAUAAGAACUCUGCUGUCGUGAGCUUCAGCAGCUGUGACACAGAGUCAAAUGACAACUUUCUUCUUGCUACUUAUCGGUGCCAGGCCAAUACCACCAGGCUGGAGCUCAAGAUUCGUUCAAUUGAAGGCCAGUAUGGCACACUCCAGGCAUAUGUGACUCCAAGAAUCCAACCAAAAACCUGUCAGGUUCGCCAAUACCACAUCAAACCUCUAUCACUUCAUCAAAGAACUCACUUUAUUGACCAUGACAGGCCCAUGAACACACUGACUCUAACAGGCCAGUUCAGCUUUGCUGAAGUUCACUCCUGGGUGGUGUUCUGCCUGCCUGAAGUUCCUGAAAAGCCUCCAGCAGGGGAAUGUGCAACAUUUUACUUUCAGAAUACCUUUCUGGAUACACAACUUGAGUGUGUAUACAGGAAAGGAGAAGGAGUUUUUAAAUCUGACAACAUUUCUACAAUAUCCAUCCUAAAAGAUGUGCUAUCUAAAGAAGCUACAAAAAGGAAAAUUAAUCUCAACAUAUCAUACGAGAUAAAUGAAGUGUCUGUCAAGCAUACUUUAAAGCUAAUUCACCCGAAGCUGGAGUAUCAGCUGCUUCUGGCUAAGAAAGUGCAGUUAAUUGAUGCCUUGAAGGAAUUGCAGGUUCAUGAGGGAAAUACAGACUUUCUGAUUCCAGAGUAUCGCUGCAUUCUAGAAGAGGCGGAUCAUCUACAAGAGGAAUACAAAAAGCAGCCUGCACAUCUUGAAAGACUCUAUGGUAUGAUUACUGAUCUUUUCAUAGAUAAAUUUAAGUUCAAAGGCACUAAUGUAAAAACCAAAGUACCGGUACUCCUGGAGAUCCUCGACAGCUAUGACCAGAACACACUCCUUUCUUUCUUUGAUGCAGCAUGAAAGAUAACCAAGGAUCCUCCUGCAGUCUGAAAUAGUUGGCUUAGUGUUGUAGACUGUAGCCAGAGAAGCAAGCAGAGCCUGAUCAGACCUGAGGAACCACAUAUAAUCACAAGAAUGAUGGCUUCUAAGAUUCCCCCUACUAGUAUCCAUGAAACUCCUUUUUAUUGUAUACAUGAGAGGGAAAAGAAGAUCUUUUAGUCAUUCAUUUCAGGGGAAUAUUGCAUUGAAAGUUUUAGAAUACUAUAAAAAUAAGAGAAAAUAAGCUGUCUUUUGUUUUCAAAGGGUAGUUAUGAAAGCAAUAAUUACAUUUUAUUAUGUUUUAUGUUUGAUUCUUAACUAUUAAAUGUGAAUAUUUAAGAUAAUAUACUUGUGGGGGCUGGUGAG